AACGGAGUCAUUGUUGAAAGCGUAAACAGAGAGAAAUAACAGACAAACAAGUUUCUUUUAAUCCUGCGUAUUUUAUUUUUUUGAAUAUUAGCUUUCGUUUUUUAUUAUAAAUUUAGUGCAAAUGGUGAUUGUGUGUUUAUUUUUUCAAACAUUUUUCCAAGGACUAGAAAAGUAGAAAAAAGAAUAAGAAUGUUGCAAAAAUAUGGCAGAAUUACACAUAAUUGGCCAAAUAGCCUCUGCAAUUGACUUUGAACAAUUGCGAUUAAUGUGUAAAUGGAGCUUCCACUCUGGAACGGGUUGGAAAGUAUUGAAUGGAAAUCAAGAGGGACAAACUCAAGAAUGUUGUGAUUCUUAUACAAACGAACCAGUUUGGGAUCAUCCAUUAGAUUUACAUUACGGAACAACGUCAUUACAAAAUUCUCCAAAAUUAUUAUUACAAUUAUUUUGCCGCGACAAUUACAAUAGAAUUAUAUUUCUCGCUUACGGAGUUUGUACUGUUCCAUUAACACCUGGUUUUCACGAACUCGAAUGUCACACUUGGAAGCCAAUUGGAAAUUGGCAAGAUAGAUUAAAGGACAAAUUUCUUGGUCUGACAUUACAACUGAAGACACCAAGUAUCCUAGUGAAUACACAAGAUAGAUUUGAAUUAUUAACAGAAAGUAUGGGAGUGGUAAAGAUAAAACUUCAUAUUCUCAGUAGAAAUUUCGAAAAAUUUGGAUGUGAUCUUUAA